AUGGCGGAGCUGGUGCAGGGGCAGAGCGCUCCGGUGGGGAUGAAAGCCGAGGGCUUCGUGGACGCCCUGCACCGGGUCCGGCAGAUUGCUGCUAAAAUUGAUUCAAUUCCUCACUUGAAUAAUUCCACACCUCUAGUGGACCCCUCAGUGUAUGGAUACGGAGUCCAGAAACGGCCCUUGGAUGACGGAGUAGGUAACCAGUUAGGGGCCUUGGUACAUCAAAGGGCAGUAAUAACAGAAGAAUUCAAAGUGCCUGAUAAAAUGGUUGGAUUUAUUAUCGGCAGGGGAGGUGAGCAGAUUUCACGGAUUCAAGCAGAAUCUGGUUGCAAAAUUCAGAUUGCUUCAGAGAGUUCUGGGAUUCCAGAGAGGCCCUGUGUACUUACCGGAACCCCAGAAAGUAUUGAACAAGCCAAACGGCUCCUGGGGCAGAUUGUGGAUCGCUGUCGGAAUGGACCUGGCUUUCAUAACGACAUAGACGGCAAUAGCACCAUCCAGGAAAUUCUUAUCCCCGCGUCUAAAGUGGGUCUGGUCAUCGGCAAAGGAGGGGAAACAAUAAAGCAGCUGCAGGAGCGGACCGGUGUGAAAAUGGUCAUGAUCCAGGACGGCCCGUUGCCUACGGGAGCAGACAAGCCUCUCCGCAUCACCGGGGACCCGUUCAAAGUACAGCAAGCAAGAGAAAUGGUGUUGGAGAUCAUCCGGGAGAAGGACCAAGCUGACUUCCGAGGCGUCCGCGGUGACUUCAGCGCCCGUGUGGGAGGAGGCAGCAUAGAGGUGUCUGUGCCGAGGUUUGCUGUUGGGAUUGUAAUAGGAAGAAAUGGGGAGAUGAUCAAAAAGAUUCAGAAUGAUGCCGGGGUGAGGAUUCAGUUCAAGCCAGACGAUGGUGUUAGUCCGGAGAGAGCCGCACAAGUCAUGGGGCCCCCAGAUCGGUGUCAGCACGCAGCACACGUCAUCAAUGAGCUUAUUCUUACAGCCCAGGAAAGAGAUGGCUUUGGAGGCCUCGCGGUGGCCAGAGGACGAGGUCGUGGCCGUGGCGACUGGAGCGUGGGUGCCCCCGGGGGCGUCCAGGAGAUAACGUACACCGUGCCGGCGGAUAAGUGCGGCCUCGUCAUCGGCAAAGUCCCUGGAAGGGCUAUCCACCUGGUGAUGAUCCCAAACACCAGGGCGAACAUCUCCUCAGCGGCCUCUGACCUGAGCCGCUCCAACCAGCAGGUGACACCCUUCGAAAUCAAGGCACACUCCCGCCCUGAGUUUUGUCCUUCCUCUUCCCCACCCGGAAACGACCAGAAAAAGCCGGUCACGGAAGAGGACGCCUGGCUGGUCUAA